AUGGCUACAAGUAGUACUAAAACCGGCCAACCCCUCGACCGUGCUAAUCUAGACUCCCUCCUCCGUCGACGGCUCUUUUACACGCCCUCCUUUGAAAUCUAUGGCGGGGUAUCUGGCCUUUAUGACUAUGGCCCCCCGGGUUGCGCACUCCAGGCCAAUGUCGUUGAUCUUUGGAGAAAACACUUUGUUUUAGAAGAGGACAUGUUAGAAGUCGACUGCACAAUGUUGACUCCGCAUGACGUUCUAAAAACAAGUGGGCACGUUGAUAAAUUCGCUGAUUGGAUGUGCAAAGACCCCAAGACCGGGGAGAUUUUUCGAGCCGACCACUUGGUAGAGGAGGUGCUUGAAACGCGGUUGAGAGGAGACAAGGAGGCGCGCGGCCAAAAAGUGGAGGUUGACGAGGAGGAGACAAAGCGAAAGAAGAAGACUAAGGAGACCAAAGCUGUCAAGUUGGAUGAUGCUCUGGUUAAAGAGUAUGAGGAAGUCUUGGCCAAAAUUGACAACUUCAACGGCGAGGAACUUGGGCAGCUCAUCACCAAAUAUGAAAUCAAGAAUCCCGUUACUGGCGGAGAUGUUCUACCUCCAGUCUCGUUUAAUCUGAUGUUCCAAACAUCGAUUGGCCCUAGUGGCGGUUUGCCUGGAUAUCUCAGACCGGAAACAGCGCAAGGGCAGUUCCUUUCCUUCCAAAAGCUCCUGGAAUUUAACCAGCAGUCAAUGCCGUUUGCAUCUGCUUCGAUUGGAAAGUCUUUCCGGAAUGAGAUCUCUCCACGUUCUGGGCUCCUGCGAGUACGUGAGUUUCUAAUGGCUGAGAUUGAGCAUUUCGUGGAUCCAGACAACGGCAAAAAGCACCCCCGUUUCCACGAAGUUCAAGAUAUGGAACUCUCGUUCUUAGAUCGGGAAGUCCAACUUUCCGGCAGCACCAAGGUGGAGAGAAUGACCAUUGGCAAAGCCGUGGCUGAUAAGAUUGUGGACAAUGAAACCUUGGGCUACUUUCUCGCACGUAUUCAACUCUUCCUUCUAAAAAUCGGUAUUGAUGAAUCCAAGAUCCGGAUGCGCCAACAUAUGCAAAAUGAAAUGGCCCACUACGCAAAGGACUGCUGGGAUGCAGAGCUCUUUACCACAUAUGGCUGGAUUGAGUGUGUUGGCUGUGCCGACAGAAGUGCAUAUGAUUUGACCGUACACAAAAAUAAAACUGGUGCUCCUCUCUUUGUACGGGAGACGCGCUCGGAGCCACUGCGAAUUGAAGAAUGGCAGAUAGACUUGGAUAAGAAGAAGUUUGGCCCCCGCUUCAGGAAGGAUAGCAAGGCGGUAGAGGCCGCAGUUAAUGCACUCUCUCAAGAUCUCCGGGCAAAACUAUCGCUGGACCUUAAAGAAAAUGGCAAAAUCGAGAUUGACGUGGAUGGUGUGAGAUCUGGCAAAGUGGAACUGGAGAAGGACAUCAUUAACAUCGAGAAACGGACGCGGGUUGAGAAUAUCCGGGAAUACACUCCCAACGUCAUCGAGCCCUCGUUUGGCAUUGGCAGAAUUCUUGCUUGUUUAAUGGAGCACGUCUACUGGUCGAGGCCCGACGACGAAGCGCGAGGUGUACUUUCAUUCCCACCAAUCGUAGCCCCAACUAAGGUCCUCCUGGUUCCGCUCUCCAAUAACCCAUCAUUCCAACCACUUGUUCACCGCCUCACUCUCAAGCUCCGCCGUCUUGGUGUGUCCAACCGGGUGGAUGAUUCGUCGGCCAGUAUCGGCAAGCGAUAUGCGCGAAACGACGAACUCGGAACCCCAUUCGGUAUUACCGUUGACUUUCAAUCGGUGAAGGACAACACCUUCACCCUCCGUGAGCGCGACACCACGAAGCAAGUUCGUGCCAGUGAGGAGGAGAUCUGCAAAGCUGUCAAGUCGUUGGUGGACGGAGAGGAGACGUGGGAGGAUAUCAAGAAGCGUCUUCCCGAGUUUGUUUCGCAGGAUGUUGAGUAG